UUAGCAUGUAAGGGUCCAUUACCAGUCACAGUGAAUGCAUUCUGGAGAAUGGUCUGGGAGAAGAAUGUCUACACCAUAGUGAUGCUGACCAAAUGCAAUGAGUUGGGACAAGUGAAAUGUGAGAAGUACUGGCCAUCUAACACUAAACAUUAUCAUAACAUCUCUGUGACAACCACCUCAGAGAUAGAACUGGAGAGUUGGACCAUAAGAGAAUUUAGAAUCAAAAAUGUGAAAACAGCAGAAUCUCGCUACAUACGCCAGUUCCACUUUAUGGCAUGGCCGGAUCAUGGAGUUCCACAGACCACUGACAUCCUCAUUGACUUCAGACACCUGGUAAGAGGAAACAUGGAGCAGUACUCAUGUCACUCUCCAACUGUGGUGCACUCCAGUGCCGGUGUGGGAAAAACGGGGACCUUCAUUGCCAUUGACCACCUGAUCUUCCAGAUUGAAAAAGACAGCAUGGUGGACAUCUACGGAAUUGUUAAUGAUAUGCGCAUGCACAGGCCUCUCAUGGUGCAGACUGAGAAGCAAUAUGUUUACCUCCACCAGUGUGCAUAUGACAUAAUUCUAUCAAGAACUGGAACCAAUGUGGACUUAAUUUACCAGAACGUAGCAGCACUUAGCAUCUAUCAGAAUAUAAACUAUCAGAGAUUGUAAAUGUACAUGUCCUUAAGAUGGCUCUUGUCAAGGAAUCGGAGGAAUUUAAUACUGUAUAGAGCACAUUUUAAGUUUCAAUCAAGCAAUCUUUAUUUAAUAUGUUUUAUUUAAAAAAGACAAGACACUAUUUAUUAUUAAUGCUUUUUUAUUGGAAAUAAGGUUUAUUAAGAAAAUAGAGCAGAAAGGAAGAAGCAUGUAUUAGAAAGAGCAAGAGGGGAGAGUGCUUACCAGGAGAUAAUGGGCCGGGGUUGGGACAAGACGCAGAGGGCUGCAGCGGAGUCCGGAGAAAGCAGAAAGAAGAGAUAAUGAAUAAGGCUAUUUAAAGACAUUGAGGGUGUGUCCAGUCUGGAUAACCUCAUUUGGGAAGGUCACAAGUUUAAACAUCCGUGAUGACGACAGUGACAUCAGAUGCUGUUUCGGGACCACCUGAAGAGCUUCUCCAGCAACAGAAUCAUCACUGAUAUUGCCUUGAGCAAAGAACUUUUUGAUUUUAAUACUUUAUUUAAUACUUGUGUACAGUAGUUUUAGAAUACCUGUACUGCUA